AUGGCGACCGCACUGAAUCACCCUUUUUACCCUCUUGAUCUCAACCCUAUUGGCUAUGUUUCCAAUACGAUGAGCAUCACUGCCCUGCUCGGAACAUUCACUGUUGCCGUUGCUGGUGUUAUCGUAUUCACCUCGGCUGUUUUAAAGGCCGCAAAGCCGAACUUAUCACGGACGGACAAAAUUCUGGUUGGAUGGUUUGUCUUUAGUGGUUGCAUACACUUCAUUCUGGAAGGGUACUUUGUAUACAACCACAAAACCAUGCCACGUAGACUAGAUCUUCUAGGUCAGAUGUGGAAGGAGUAUGCGAAGGCUGACUCUCGAUACAUGACCAUGGAGCCUUUUGUACUUUGCAUGGAGACUAUUACAGCUUUUGCGUGGGGGCCCCUAUGCUAUAUGGUCGCAUGCAUGAUAAUUUCGGAGUCUCCGCACCGACACUCAACACAAAUGAUUGUCUCCUUGGGCCAACUAUACGGCGAUAUUUUGUAUUAUGCAACAAGCAUAAUGGAGGAAAUCUACCAUGGAAGGUCUUAUGCCCGCCCGGAGACUUUCUAUUAUUGGGGGUACUUCAUCUUCCUCAAUGCCUUCUGGAUUGUUAUUCCAGCCUUCUGCAUUUACCAAAGUUACUCAAAGAUGACGGGGGCGUUUCGACAAGCCUCCAGUACCUCUGUCAAAAAGAAUGUGUGA